UUCCCACUAUGAUGGCAGUAGAUCCUGUAUCAGAACAGGACCCUAGGUUAUCACUGUCUUAUAUUUGCCAGCCCGACCUCAGGACAGGAUCCAGCACAAAUACACAAAUAGUGCCUGUCUGUCUACUCCUUGGAAACAAACCAUCAUUGGCUCCAAAAAUCAGUUGUUUUUCAUACUACAAGGUGCUUCAUGCUACUUCAUCACAGAUUGGUUUCCAGAACAAUUUCAUUUUCUGAAUAUAAAAUGCUAGAAAGAAAUAGCAUUCCUGGAAUACUAUUAGUACAAUAACACCAGAAAUUUGUGGAUAAUCUGAAAGACCCAUUCACAAUCAGUUGUUAUUAACUAGGUCACACAGCAGUUCAAAGAAUGAGGAACUAUACUGGCACAAGUAUAUUUCCACAGCUGAAAAGCAGCUGUGUCACCUCUGACAUUUCGCAAACACAAGUACUUGUUCCUAACAUUGCAGUUAAUUAGAUUUAGAAAUAUUUUAUAAUCCCAAUUUGUUUAGCAGAAAUCCAUGAUGAAUAAUCAAAUAAACUAAUCUUUUGGAGAAUCUGCUUGAACUAUGGUCUUUCACUUCAAAAUAACCAGCUAUGCGCCUUUUUUUUGGUGCAGGGUAUAUCCAGUCCAGCUGGAGACUGUACGUUUCCAUUGAGCGAGUGUCAAUGUGGAUCUCAUGGAAGUCCCACUACCCUUUGUUCCCACAGUGCCAAUUUUAGGACGACAUAACCCUAAGCACAUCUUUGUCAAACAGAUUCUCUAGAUCAAAUCAUAGUUAUUUUCAUCCAGCAUUCAGGAAUGUAUUCUACAUUAUAUUUGUCCAGUUACAUCUCUGUUACAUUUUCUUUUCAUACUGUUGUAUCUGAACCUGAAGUACUUGGGCAUUUUUAUUCCCCUGGAUCAAAGUUUACAUUUCCUGCUCCACUUCCCCUCCACUUCCUUUACAGGCAAAGUGCAGAUCAACCUAGAAAUAGUGUGCUUGAAUCUUAGCAGCCCUUGUGCCUACGCUCCUUCCUUCAGGGAUGAGCCAGCCUGUUUUACAGAUCUGACAGUCCCAACUUGUGGACAGAAUAAAGAAAAUCAACUGAACAAGAGAAGACAAUAGUACCGCAGUGGUGUCGCCCCUCUUACCGGCGAUCACAAGUGGAUGUUUCUUCUCACGAGGACAGACAGUGAAGUUCUGGCCCUCUUUCAUUCCCCUUAACUUCUAGGAAGAGGACUCCUGUGCUACGUAUGUCGCAAACAGUCUUUGUGAGGGCUGUGAGGCCAGAAAUAAAUGCCAUCAAAGGUGAAACAGUUCAUCUCAUGGAGCUGAUAUUAUGUGCCCAAGUACUGGACUCUUCUCAGCCCCCGAUCUCUACGAUGAGUGGGAUAGGCUGUGUAUCACUUCAUUUAUGCUGUUUCACACUGACUGGUGUUCUUUUCAGCAGCUAGGAAGGUGUAAGUGAGAGACAAGUGCAAUGAAUGAAACUGUGGAGUUGCCAACAGCUGGGAAUUCUCUCAUAAGAGCUGUCUAUCAAAGCCGACUUCGUCUCACCAGACUGUUACUAGAGGGUGGAGCCUACAUUAAUGAAAGCAAUGACAGAGGUGAAACCCCGUUAAUGAUUGCUUGUAGGACAAAGCAUGUGGACUCCCAGAGUGUCAGCAAGGCAAAAAUGGUUAAAUAUCUACUGGAAAACAAAGCAGAUCCAAACAUACAGGACAAAUCUGGAAAGACAGCCUUGAUGCAUGCUUGCUUAGAAAAAGCAGGCCUUGAAGUGAUUUCUUUGCUACUGAAAAGUGGAGCUGACCCAAGCCUACAAGAUCACUCUAACUGUUCUGCCCUUGUGUAUGCAAUAAACUCCGAAGACAAAGAGACCCUGGAAGUUCUUCUUAAUGCCUGCAGAGCAAGAGGAAAAGAAGUAAUCAUCAUCACCACGGACAAGUCUCCAUCUGGAAAGCAGACAACUAAACAGUACUUAAAUGUGCCUCCUGCUGACUCUGAGGAAUGCCAUUCCCCAAGUGCUUGCACUUCCCCAUCGGAAAUAGAACUGAAAACAUCUCCAUGCCCACUUUCAAGUUCAAAUGAAACUAAAAAAGCACUUUUCAGCUUUAAAGAGCUGGAUCAUCCAAGAAGCACAGACAACUCAUCUGAACCAGUUUCACCUACUAGAAAAUCCAGUUCAACACAUAUAGGAUCCAAGCUGGCCCAGGCACAGUGGCUACAGUCUGAGCCUUGGAUAAAGAGCUCUCCUUCACUGUUUCACCAGAACAAAGGUGCCUCUUUACAAGAACAACUUCAGGAUAUAACUCCAGAAGAAGAGCUCUCCUUUAAAAUCAAUGGCCUUGCCCUAUCAAAGAGAUUUAUCACCAGACACCAAAGUAUUGACAUAAAAGACACUGCUCAUUUUUUGAAAACUUUUGAUCAGACUGGAUCAAGGAAAUUAUCAUAUGACGAAAUAAAUUCUCAGACUCUUUAUGCUGAAGAGAAACAGAACCCCAGUGGGAUUUCUGUGGGUGAGGAUUCUGAUUUGGGACAAAUCAGGUUCACUUCAACCCUGAGAUGUAUUAUCCAGAAAAGAAAUUUAGGAGCAAAUCACUACAGCUCUGAUUCUCAGUUAACUACUAGUCUGGGUCCUGCAACUGCAGAAGAUACUAAGUCAGUGAUAGGAAAGAAGAAGAUUCUUUCUCCAUCUCCCUCUUUGUUAUCAAGUUCUAGGGAAUUACUAGAGAACAUGCCGCCUGUUCCUCUGAGCAGAAGAAAUCAAGCUUUUCUAGAAAGACGGGGUUCAGCAGCCUUACUGUUGGAUCAUAUUGCUCAAACGAGACCAGGUUUCCUUCCACCUUUAAAUGUGAAUCCUCACCGCCCAAUUUCAGAUGUUAGUUUCAUAAACAAGGUUUCUGGAAUGAUUUCUUGUGGACAAAAAAACUUAGUACCAACAGCACCUGCUUUCCCUAAGGAGACCAAAAAUCAGAAAAUGCUGUUAAGGAGGCAGUCAUUACAAACUGAGCAGAUCAAGCAAUUAGUAAAUUUUUAACAGGAGAUUAAAGGGUAACAAAAUCUUUACGUACAUAUUCACAGUUCUAUCCGAUUGUAAUGAUACACAUCACAAAAGACAGAUCUGUAAUAUAAGGCUCUUAACUAGCUCUCUACCUUGGAAUGAGUUAAAUGGCUUAGAUACUACAUGAAAAGAUACGCUCAGCUAAUGAUGCUGCUUUCUGCAAACUGAGGAAUAUUUAUUAUAUUGUUUUCAUAAUGUUUUCAAAUUCAACAUUGAAAUCUUACCCCUGAUGGGCUGAAUCUACAAAGGCUAAAUCCUUAGGCAUCGCAGUUCUCAUUUUUACAUUGAAACCACCCUACCUCCAAGUUUCCCCCAAAUGUGUAUUCUUUUUCCACCCAGAAAUAUUGUACAGGUGGAAUUUGGGAACUUCAAACAUUUGACUGGGAUGCUGGACAACAGACCGUAGCUCUGGCCAAGUUGUGUGAUAUCCAGAUGUCCCAGAUAAAACCAGGAUAAUGCCUGCACACAAAAGGUGGGCAGUGGCAACUGAAUAUAGGCAGUGUCUUCUGGCUUCAGUGGCUUUAUUGCAUGAAAACAGAUGAGCUGCAGUACACACAGUAAAUAAAGUUCAUGUUACAGGCUCAGUAUUACAUGCGUAACUACGUCCAGGAAAUUCCAUAUACAAACUGGGAGCCUAUUUUAGACUCCUUGACUCCUUGCUGUCCACUGGAAAUCACAGUGUGAUACACAGGACCCUGGCUAACUCAAGUUCACUGUACAACACGUGGCAAUGGUCAGGUACUGAGUCAAGAAGCCAGCACACUGAACAAGAAGUCCUGUCUAAUCUCUCGAUGUCAGCUUGGCGCUUCAAUCAACUUCAGAUUCUCAAGCUAUUCCUGUCCUGGCAUUUGCUCAUUUAAAAAAAGGUGGGGGGGAGGGGGGGAGAGAGGGAGCAGAGGCUAUAGCUAAGCUGGGGUUCAUUACUUUCUGUGGUGUGUCCUACAGUUCUCAUCUCUGACUGUCAAAACCAGGAGAUCUCUGAACCAGGCAGGAUCUCCUUUCCACUCACAUGCCUGGGGUUUUUUUUCAAAACAAGAUACAGAUGGUGGGGCACAUCCAGAUGUGGUCUUGGCCUGCAGCCAGAAUAAGAGGACCCUGCACACACAGGCUUGGGAGCAAGGAAGAGCUCUGCCCUUGUGCUCGUCUCUAUAUCUAAAACCAACAGCUAGGGUACUGACCUGAGAGAUGGAAGACCUGUCCUUAAAACCCGAUUUUGCCCAAUAUAAAGCAGAGGCCUGAAUUUCUAAAAGACCAGAAAUAUACCUUCAUCUCCAAGUUACUGCGUAUUCUUACAUCUAUCUAAAAUGUAAUUCUCCUUCCCACUUAGUGUGCUGUGGUUCCAAACAUCUACCUUGUAUUUGUGCAUAUUCCAUAGAUGCUUGACGACUGGUAUCACAUUUAGCAUUUUAUAAAACAGCUUCUAAAGAUUGAGGUAUAUUUAAUGUGGUCUGUUUGCCUUAAUUUACAGACAUUAAUUGUACUGAAAUGGUGGCUGUAUAACAUGAAUUUCUGUAUACUGAAACUAGGUAUUCUUUUCUGAAAUACUCAGUGGGUACUGUCUACCUUCUUGCAGCUUCAGUUAAAAUUCACUCAGUAUGACAAUAUGUUUCCUAACAGAUAGCUGUGAUGUUAUUUAGUUUUGCCCUUCCUGUAAGAUAAUUUCAAACAAACAUACACUUCUGUAAGUAUCUUUUGAUGUAACAAUAUAAAAAUGUCCUAUAGUUUACAGUAUAUGCAAUUCAAAGAAGAAUAUCAUCUGGAAAAUAAAGGAGCAUGAUUUACAUCCCUA